AUAGCAGGAAGAAGCUCACUAUCAGUCUGCUCAGUUCAUCAGCGUUUCAAAUUCGAAGCCGAAGGAAAGUUAUCCGAAAAGCUUUUCAUCUUCAAAUGCCAGAAGACUAACAAACCGGAGGAAUCGUUUACCGAACCAGAGAAAAAGAGACGGGUGGCACAGGGCUGGGCAUAUAUAUCAAUAGUAGAGCAGAUGAUAAGCGAUUGCAGAUUGGCAAUAUUAUUCACACCAUUGCCAUGGAACUACAGUCACCCGCACCCACAACAAAUCAAAUUUCUGGUUCGAUGCAAACGUGGUGGAGACACGUUGUUAACAAAGCAAGGCCAGCGGUUUCUCUCUUCUCUCGCGGCCGUUGCUGUUGCCGGAGACUCCUCGGCCACCAAUCGUUUGAUAAGGAAAUUCGUAGCCGGAUCGCCCAAAUCGGUGGCUCUCAAUGCUCUCUCCUAUCUUCUUUCUCGUCAAACCUCUCACCUACACCUUUCCCCUCUCGCCUUUUCUUUGUACAAAGAGAUAACUGAAGCAUCUUGGUUCAUUUGGAACUCAAAGCUGGUUGCUGAUCUGAUUGCUCUACUUAAUAAACAAGAACAAUAUGAAGAAUCACAGAGGCUAAUUUCUCAAGCUGUUUUCAACUUGACGUCACGUGAUCGAGAUCUUGCUCUUUUCUAUUGCAACAUGCUUGAGUCCAACUCUAGACAUGGCUCGAGGCGGGGAUUUGAUCAGUCCUAUGCUUAUUUAACGGAACUUCUUGCUAGUUCGUCAUCUCUUUUUAUUAAGCGCCAGGCUUGUAAAUCAAUGAUCGUUGGUUCAUCUCAAAUGGGUCUACCUCAUGAAGCGGAGAAGAUGGUUGAGGAGAUGAGAAACAAAGGACUGAAGCCAUCAUUAUUUGAGUGUAGGUCCAUUUUAUACGAGUAUGGAAAGUUGGGAUUUCUCGAAGAUAUGGAGAGGUAUCUGCAUCAAAUGGAGAAAGAUGGUCUGGAAAUUGAUACUGUUUGUUCAAAUAUGGUUCUCUCUUCAUAUGGAGCUCAUGGUGCCCUUCUUAAAAUGGUUUUAUGGCUGCGGAAAAUGAAGAAUUCCGAGAUUCCUUACUCGAUAAGGACUUACAAUUCAGUCUUGAAUCAUUGUCCUACGAUCAUUUCAUUGGUAAUGGAGUCAAAUGAUUUCCCACUUUCAGUUGUGGAGCUGGUUGGGAUUUUAAAAGAUGAAGAGGUGUUGUUGGUUAAGGAGCUGAUCGAAUCACCAGUUUUGGAAGAUGCAAUUGAGUGGAAUGCUGGAGAGGCGAAAUUGGAUUUGCAUGGAAUGCAUCUCAGUUCAGCCUACUUGAUAAUGAUACAAUGGAUGGAGGAGACCCGAUCUAGGUUCUGCAACGGGAAUUGUGCGAUUCCAGAAGAGAUUGUGGUUGUUUGUGGAGCAGGAAAACACAGCAACCUUAGAAGGGAAUCUCCAGUGAAACAACUAGUAAAAAAGUUGAUGGUUAGAACAGGAUGUCCAAUGAGAAUCAACAGGAAGAACAUUGGCUGCUUUGUUGCCAAAGGGAAAGUCCUGAAGAAAUGGUUUUGUUGAUUACAAUGGCCAACUCUGCUUUCUUAUUGCAAUCAAAAAUCUGGGAUGAAAAGAUCUAUAAAAAGUCUCUCAAGAACUUACUGGAAGAUAAUGCCGCCAUCCAUCCAUCCAUCUCAAGCCAAGAGCUCCAAUUAUAUUUCCAGAAUCACCUGUAAAGAAGGAUCAUGGCAACCAUUUAUGUCAAACGAUUAAUUGAUAUCUAAGAGUUGGACAUGCUAAAUGAUCAUCCAGUUGUUAAGCAACUAUGAAACUUCUGACAUCAACAAACUGGCAGGUUCCUUGGUACUUUGAGGAUGCAUGAAUCACAAAUAUUUUUAUCACCAAACUUUUGGUCAAGCAUCCCCAAAAUGCAUUGGGCUAACCCAUUGCAUAAAAUUAAGUUUUGAUGGGAAGAAAGUGAAACCGCUAAAUCAAAUAUAUUUCAAGAAAUCACAUGCUUGUUUUCCUAUGAAA